AGUUUGUACUUUGGAUUGUGAGUCUACUGCUUGUCCACCAUGAAGCUGAAUCUUUUUCUUCUCCUGUGUUUCACUGGUCUGGUCCCAGCUGCGGUAUCCAACCCGCAAACCGUCUUUCAUAGAUAUGAGCUGAACAUGACACAGGCAACAUGGCCCAUUGCACAGAAUUACUGCAGGGUGAUGUACACUGACCUGGCAACGAUCCUGAGUGAUACCGAUUUUUUAAGACUGAAUAAAGAAACAACAAGCAAAAGUCUGACAACACCUGCCUGGGUCGGAUUGUGGAAUGAUAUCAAUAGCUGGCGCUGGUCUUUAGGCGACCUCCCACUGAAGAAUGUCACUUAUACCAACUGGUACCCUGGAUAUCCUGUAAAUGCUGGUGGAAAAGCAGGGUGUGCUUAUAUAGGCGCAUCUUAUUACUGGUUUGAUGAUGCAUGUGCAACUCCGAGAAAAUUCAUAUGCUACAAUGCUAAUUUCACUAACUCUGACAAAUUCAUUAUUAUCAUUAGUCCUACACUGCCCUGGCUUGAAGCUCGGGCUUACUGCCGACAAUAUCACACAGACCUGGCCAGCUCUCUUAACAGCUCAGACCAAAAUAUUUUAGUGCAUGUGUUAUCCGGUUAUUAUCCCUGGAUUGGGCUAUAUAGAGACACUUGGAAGUGGUCAGAUGGGACCAAUGCUACAGACCUCAAGUGGGUUUCUGGAAAACCUGAUAACGCUGGAGGAAAUUCUAACUGUGCUGUGGUUUCUAAUGGCCUGUUCACUGAUGUCCCCUGCAGCAACCUGAACUAUUUCUUCUGUCACACACUUUACUCAACAAGGGGUCAGAUAAUGAGACUGCAGGUGGAGUCAGACAGCAGUGUGUUUGAACCUGCUGUGCAGUCGCUCAUUUUAGAGCAGAUCAAGCAGCAACUGGAGGGAAAUGGCAUGUGGGAGAACACCACAGUGACCUGGAAGGUGCAGCCAGAUGGACACAUCUUCCACAAGAAGAAAAAGGAUAAACUGUAACGUCUAAAUGCUCACCAUCAAUCAAAUAGAUUUCAAACUGGCUGAAACUUUAUUUAACCUGCAACAUUUAUACUUUAAUCAGUAGGGGGAGUCAGAGGACAAGAUUAGCCUGAGGUAGCGGAAUAAAUGUCGGCUGCAUUCUGUUCAGAUUGAUGUUCCCUGUAAGCACACUUCACAGGGUCUUCAGCCAUGUUAAGUGUGAUUCCAAACCGCAGGGAGCAAGAAUGUUCAGUUCAAAGAGGACUGCAAACUGUGUAGGGAAUAAAUGAACAACA